AUGGCAGAUCUUCAUCCAGGUUUACUUUUUCUGAUUCUGGUUUUUGCUGUGCCUUUACAAUUCUACCUCUCUCCAUCAUCAAGUGCAGAUAUUAAAUACUACCUACAGAGGCUUACCGAUUCUGUGAUUCGUACUAGCGAAAGCUUCGGCAUUCAUCUUCCUUUCGUGCACAUAAGAAAAAGUCAAAAGGAAAAGGCUGAUUCUCUGGAUGGUGGUGACGAGGACAUCGUUGAUGAAGAGGAGCGAAAGGUUACUGCAUCGUAUGGAAACUCACUGCAAGUCCGAGAACGAGCUCCACAUGUAAAAUGGAGAGUGGGUCAGGUCAUAAAACAUAAGGUAUCUUGUUAG